AUGUCGCCCGCCUCUACGCAACGAAGCAGUUAUGUUCAGAGUCGGCAUCUUAUGUACGGCCAGGUACCACAGGAUAUGCCGUAUGCGGACGGCGCGAGACAUUCUGUGCACGGAAAUGCCCGGCAAGCGCACGAUGCGUCGUUUGGGUACGACAGUAACGGCGAUGCAAUCGUAUUUGACGAGACGAAGCCGCAACUGAACGAGGGAAUGACACCUCCUACAUUUGAUGGCGUUCCUGCAUUUGCCGAGACGUACUGGGACGAGCAGGAGCGCGAGCGGGGCCAACAACAUGUUAUGCCGUUCCGCCCCAGCGCCCAUUUGGGCAUUCCAUUGUCGCCCUCGAUGGGCCAUCCACUGCAGCCCACGCGGUUUGGUCAUGGCCGCCAAUUCAGCUCGGGUAUGUUUAACAGCAGCGACAAACUGCUCCAAUCGCCCGGGACGUACAGCAUGUUUGACCAAGGCACGCCGGGGUUUUCCGCACCGGAAAAAAAUGAUGAUACUCUCAACAUGGAGGAAAAGCAAGGGCCGAUGUCUGAGGUACUUGUCCCUGGGAAGCGCAAAGGUAAAGGUAAAGGUAAAGGUAAAGGUAAAGGUAAGGGCGAGGGCGAGGGCGAAAAAGUCGGCGCGGUGCCCAAAAAGGCGGUGCCAAAGCCCGCCAAGCUUGGCGAUCUGUUCCGCUUUGCAACGCCCACGGAACGACUGCUCAAUGUAUUUGGACUUGUCUGUGCAGCUGCAGCCGGCUCGGCGCAGCCGGUGAUGACGAUCCUCUUUGGUGAUCUUGCCUCCGACUUUUUGCGCUUUGGCAAUCAACUGCGAAAUGAUCCCUCGCAGGCCAUAUCGAUUUUGCAGGAUAUGCAGCACAAGACGGCGAUGAAUUCAUUGUACAUUGUGAUUAUUGGGAUCGUUACUUGGUGUGUGGUUUAUUUGUACAUGGCAAUUUGGGUAUACACGGGAGAAGUCAUCACGCUUCGGAUACGGAAAAUGUAUUUGAAAGCGAUCUUGCGGCAGGAAGUUGCAUACUUUGACAAUCUAGGCGCAGGCGAAAUCACAACGCGCAUCCAAAGUGAUAUUCAGCUAAUCCAGGAUGGGAUUAGCGACAAGAUCCCGCUGAUGAUUUCGCUCAUUGCCACUUUUGUCGCAGGGUUCAUUGUUGCCUACGUCCGCAACUGGCGCCUUGCGCUGGUCAUGUCCUCUAUUCUUCCGUGCAUUGUGCUCGCGGCAGUGAUUAUGAACAUGCUUGUGGCCAAGUACCAACAGAUUGAGCUGGAUUAUGUUGGAAAAGCCGCGUCGAUUGCAGAAGAAACGCUUUCCACCAUCCGCACCGCCAAAGCGUUUGCCAUGAACGAUCACCUGAGUAAACUGUACGACGUCAAGAACCACUACGCGACAGAGGCGAGCCAACAUCGCGCGGUCGCCACGGGAAUUGGCAUUGGCGCUUUUUUUUUCUGCGUGUACUCGGCGUAUGCUCUGGCCUUUUACUACGGCUCCAUGCUCCUCGCCAGUGGAAAUAUUGCAAGCGGUGUGGUUAUGAAUGUGAUUUUUUCCGUGCUGAUUGGCGCGUUUGGUAUGGCGAUGCUUGCACCCAACCUCCAAUCGCUGAGCUUUGCACUCGCCGCAGGUGGCAAAGUAUACGAGACAAUCGACCGCGUUUCCAAAAUAGAUUCGUCGAGCCCCAGUGGACUGCGCCCAAGCACCUGUGUGGGCAACAUUUCCUUUUGCAACAUCGACUUCAACUACCCCUCGCGUCCCGACGUGCCUAUCCUGCAAGACUUUUCGCUCAAUAUUCCCGCUGGAAAGGUGACUGCCUUGGUCGGUCCAUCGGGGUCCGGCAAGAGUACCAUCAUCUCUUUGGUGGAGCGCUUCUACGAUCCAGGGUCUGGACAUGUUUUACUCGACGGCACCGACGUUACAGAGCUCAACAUCCAAUGGCUCCGCACACAAAUCGGCUUGGUGUCGCAGGAACCGACUUUGUUUGCGACGACCGUACGGGAGAAUAUUGCCUACGGCCUCAUCAACAGUCCAUAUGCCAACUUGGGCCCUGAGGACAAGAACGAUUUGGUCAUUGACGCCGCCAAGCAGGCCAACGCGCACGACUUUAUCAUGCAGCUCCCAGAAGGCUACGAUACGCUUGUUGGUGAGCGCGCGGCGCUGCUCUCUGGGGGUCAGAAACAGCGUGUUUCCAUUGCCCGUGCAAUUGUGAAGAACCCCAAGAUUUUGCUUCUGGAUGAGGCAACCAGUGCGCUGGAUACUGCGAGCGAAGGCAUUGUGCAAGAGGCGCUCGAGCGCGCUUCACAAGGCCGCACUACCAUCACCAUUGCGCAUCGCUUGAGCACGAUCAAGAAUGCGGACAAUAUUGUGGUCAUGAAGAAUGGCCUGGUUAUGGAGCAGGGACGACACAAUGCACUUUUGGACAUCAAAGAAGGUAUUUAUGCAAACCUUGUCCACGCCCAGAAAAUCCACCAGCGAAACACCGAGGCGCUGCUGGAAGACGAGGUGGAACAAUCCAACUCCUACGACCUUCCAAUGCCGCCGGUGUACGCAAAAGAAGAGGCGGACGCUCAAAAUCCAAGCUCAUCGCGCUUGAGCAUUGCGACGCGCGACACAGUCUCUACCUACUUUAUGCGUCUCUCAGGCGUCCCCUCCUUCGAAAAAGACGUCGAGCCAAAGGAAAGGGUGUAUGGCAUUGUGUAUCUCAUGCUCCGCCUUGCCCGUACGGGUCAAGAUUUGCUGUUGCCCUUCUUUUUGCCCGGCAUGAUCUGUGCGAUUCUUACAGGAGGCGCAUAUCCUGCCUUCGCGAUUCUCUUUGGUCUUACGCUCACCAAUUUCCAACAAUGCUCCAGUGCGAUUGAUGGACCGUGUCCGCAGCCCGAGCGCAACAGUAUGCGCCACACUGCGAACCACCAUGCGCUCUACUUUUUCGUCAUUGCCAUUUUGUCUACGAUCGCGACUGUAUUCCAAAUGUCGCUGAUCCAACAAGGCUCGUCCUACUUGAUGCAGCGCUUGCGCAGCAAAAUGUUCCGUGCAUACAUGCGCGCCGACGUUGCCUUCUUUGACGAAAAAGACCACAACAGCGGUGCACUGACCAGCUCGCUUGCUGAGAACACGCAAAAGAUCAAUAGCUUUAUCGGUGUCUCGAUGGGUACAGUGGUCCAAUCCAUCUCCACGCUUAUUGUCGGCGCCGUCAUUUCGCUGAUCUAUGGCUGGAAGCUUUCAUUGGUCGUGAUUGCCUGCAUUCCAUUCACCCUCUCGGCUGGGUUUGUGCGUCUGCGCUUGGUCGUGAUGAAAGAUGUCAAGGUGCGGCGCGCGCAUUUGAUCUCCUCGCAAAAAGCGUGCGAGGCUGCGAGUGCGAUCCGUACUGUGGCGUCUCUUACUCGCGAAGAGGACUGCUUGGAACAGUACCAAGAGUCGCUCGUCGAUGCAUCGCACGUUGCCAAACGCGCCGCAUUGUGGGGCAACGUCUUUUUCGCUUUUUCCCAGUCCUGUUCUUUUUUCGUCAUUGCCCUCGGAUUCUGGUACGGCAGUCGGCUUAUUUUCCGCGGCGAGUACAGCAACGGCCAGUUCUUUACCAUCUUCACUGCGGUCGUCUUUGGCAGUAUCCAGGCGGGCAAUGUAUUCAACUUUGUCCCGGAUAUCUCGAAUGCGCGCAGCGCUGCGACCAACGUGUACAAACUGCUGGACUCCAAGCCGCGCAUGGAUGCGUACUCAGACGACGGUAUCGUACUCGACAACUGUCAAGGCCAUUUGCGCUUCGAAGAGGUCAAGUUCCGCUAUCCGACGCGCACAAGCGUGCCUGUUUUGCGCGGUGUCUCGAUGGAUUUCCCUCCUGGCACGCACAAUGCCUUGGUCGGCAGCAGUGGAUGCGGAAAAUCGACUACCAUCCAGCUAACCGAACGCUUUUAUGACGUGUCAAGCGGUCGCAUCACGCUGGACGGCCAUGACAUUCGCACCAUCAAUCUCCGCUCAUUGCGCCAGCACAUUGCGCUGGUCUCGCAAGAGCCGACGCUGUACGAUGGUACGAUCUCGUUCAAUUUACGCCUGGGUGCAUUGGACGACCCUGAUGAUGUCACGGACGAGCAAAUGCGCGAGGCUGCCGCCGAAGCCAACAUUCUCGAUUUCAUCGAAGGCCUCCCAAAUGGAUUCGACACCGAGGUCGGCGGAAAAGGCACGCAGCUCAGCGGUGGGCAGAAGCAGCGCAUCGCGGUUGCACGUGCAUUGAUCCGCAGACCCAAAGUUUUGCUCUUGGACGAGGCUACCUCUGCGUUGGACUCGGACUCCGAAAAAAUUGUGCAGCAAGCGCUGGACAUUGCCGCCAAAGGGCGCACAACUGUGUCCAUUGCCCAUCGCCUUUCCACCAUCGCCAACGCGGAUAAAAUCUUUGCGUUUCAGGACGGUGUUGUGGCCGAAUCUGGUGACCAUAGGUCGCUCAUGACGCACAAGGGCAUCUACGCCAACCUUGUGACCCUCCAAGCGCUCGAGCGCUCUGUCCACUGCUCCGCACUCUACAACAUGCUCGGCGGUGCGUGGAUCGGUGCUGCACUUUUGUGCGCGGCGAUCGCGGACGCACGGAACGCUGCUCCAGUCAAAGGAAACAACGCCGUGUUGAGUGCGAACCCUGCGCAAGGCUCGUCCAACUACAUUCAGAACCACAUGCAGAACGAGCACCACAUUAACGCAUUUGACCUGCCGAGUUUCUUUGCGCUGCACGACUUGGACAGGAAUGGCGUGUGGGAUCGUGCUGAGAUUGAGGCCAUGUAUGGCGUUCACCAUUCGCUCUCCCGUAAACAUUCACCAGAGGCCGAGGUGCACGAUUCCAAGGCCGACACGAUUGUGCGCGAGGUGCUCCGCGUCCUGGACAAGAACCAGGACUCGCUGAUCUCGCGCUACGAGUUUAUGCGCGGCGGACCGUCUGCCCUGCCUUCUUUCCCAGAGUUCGGCAAGGACGCGCUUGGACACCACUACGACGAGGAAUCGGAGUAUUACGUCCACCACGAGAGCAUCUACCACAAGAAAGAGGCCGAUCAAGCGGCAGAAAAGUACACACACAAGGAGGAUUUGCAACACUUUGCAGACCACGCAAAAAUUGAGCGCCAAGAAGAGGAUCGCGAGCGUAUCGCAGAAGGACAGCCGACGAUUGCAGAGGAAGAGCGCCUCGAAGACGUCGCCCGCGCGAUGGGCCAGACGUACGAGAGCAAGUUUGAAAAGCAGUUUACUGACGAGGCGUUUGCUCAGGCCGACGUGGACCGCUCCAUGGACAACCUCGGCGCGGCGGGCCGCGAGCUGCUUUCGGAUGAGCACUUGUUCCGCACGCCCAACGGUCCUCGCACAGUCGUGUCCACGGUGGAGAAUGUGUACAUGGAGGAUGGCAAAUUCGGCGAAGCCAACGAGCCGCCUGCGUUUGCAUCAGACAACGAGAAGACGGGAGGCGCUGUGCGUGCGCCACCGGGCCAUAUUGACGGCGAGACCGAGCUUGGGCGCCGCAUUCGCCUGGAGCGGUCCCGCCGCGAGGCCAGUGGCCGCCCGCGUUUCGGCCAGGGCAAGAAUGGGUUUGCAAAGCCCAAGGACGAUGCGGACCGUCUUAAGGCCGGCGCGCCGUACAAGUACCGCGUGAAAAACAAGGGUUUCUUGCGUGAUGUUUAG